ACUUCUGUUUCCUCCAGCUGGGUGAGCUUCAGAUUGUAACCAAUCACAAGUGAGCUUUUUGCAUAAAAGGAAGAGGUCAUGUUGUUUGGUAAGGCAGGGAGAGAGGAAGCAUAGGCUUACAUGAUGGCACUCGCACUUGUUUCCAUCAUGUUUGCUGCCAUCCCUGUGGCCUACUGCUAUCCUACUGCCUUCCAGCACCUGGAGGGAACUGGCACAAACCGAACCUCCAUUAAGUUCCUGGCUGUAGGAGACUGGGGUGGAGUACCUUAUCCCCCCUAUAUCACCGCUGUGCAGAAGGCUACUGCUCGAGAAAUGAGCAAAGUAGCAGAGCAGAUGGGAGCUGACUUUGUUCUGGCCCUUGGUGAUAACUUCUACUUCAAAGGUGUGGAUAGUGUGGAUUCCCCUCGUUUUGAGGAAACUUUUGAGUCUGUGUACACUGCAAAGUCUCUCCAAGUGCCCUGGUAUGUGCUUGCUGGUAAUCAUGACCAUGCAGGAAAUGUCAAAGCCCAGAUCGAGUACAGCAAAAAAUCUGACAGAUGGAAAUUCCCCUCUUACUACUAUGAGCUGAACUUCCACAUCCCCAACACAGGGAAAACUUUAACCAUCAUCAUGCUUGACACCAUAAUGCUGUGCGGAAACUCCGACGACUUCUUGGAUGAGAAACCAAGAGGGCCCCUGCACGCAAUUGAUGCUAAUCGUCAGCUGGUUUGGCUGCAGGAAAGGCUGGCUAAGAACAAAGCAGACUUUCUUUUACUCGCCGGCCACUAUCCUGUGUGGUCUGUGUCCGAACACGGCCCCACAGAGUGUCUCCUGCAAAGGCUUCAUCCUCUGCUCAUCAAAUACAACGCCACUGCUUACCUCUGCGGUCAUGACCACAACCUGCAGUACAUAGAAGAGUCUGGUGUGGGCUAUGUGGUGAGCGGUGCAGGAAACUUCCUGGAUCCUGAUAUCCGUCACUGGAGCCAUGUCCCCAAAGGUUCUGUGAAGUUCUUCACUGGCAAAGCUUCAACACUUGGAGGCUUUGUGCAUGCAGAAGUCACAAAGAACCACAUGAUCCUGACCUUUUACCAGGCGAAAGGCACUUCUCUCUAUCGCACUGUCCUCUCCAAAAGGAAUUUUGAGUAGAAAAUAUUUGCUGUUUAAUUCAGGUUUUUUUUGUUUUGUUUUAACUAUGGCAUUUUCAUUUCAAAGCAAGUGAUGCGUAUAUAUUUUUAAAAGAAUCAGUUUUUACAUGUGAAGCUACUGUUUGAAAAGAAUAAAUGUGAUUUGUAAUGAUUGUGUCUGUCAUGUGACUUAUGGCAGGGGCUGUUCACGAAGGGUUAAAGAGGUCAACUCAAAAUGACUUUAGUGUGACAGAGGAAGGGCUUAGAAUAAUUUAGGGUUAUGAUGAACUUGUACUUUGUCACCACCACUUGUAGCCUCCCAUUGAAGCAUUCAUAAAUAUUGUUUGCUGCUGUCCAAACAAAGUUUCAACCAGUCAGAAAUGAAGUGCUUAACUAAAAUAAGAGU